GCUCUUCGAACAGACACACUUUACGACCAUUGAUACGAUUUGUUUUUCUUUUACCACAAAAAGUAAACAAACAAUUCAAUCACAUUCAGGCGUUCGUGGCUGCAAAGAUUCCCCUAGUCGUUUGAUAAGAAUUGCGGUAAACAUGAGUAGUAGCUAUUAUUUUGCCAUUGUCGGGCACAACGAUAAUCCCAUAUUUGAGACGGAGUUCGUCACGGUAAACAAGGAAGCCAAGAAGGAGGAUCAUCGACACCUUAAUCAAUUCAUCGCCCAUGCUGCACUGGAUCUGAUCGACGAGCACAAAUGGAAGACUAAUAAUACGUACCUAAAGUCGAUCGACAAAUUCAACCAAUGGUUCGUGUCCGGGUUUGUAACCGCGAGUCAUCUACGCUUCGUGAUGGUACACGACAACCGGAACGAUGAUGGCAUUAAAAACUUCUUCAACGAGAUGUAUGAAACGUACAUUAAAUACCUGAUGAAUCCGUUCUAUAUGCCCAACACACCUAUUAAAUCGCUGGCGUUCGAAAAGAAGGCCCAACUGUACGGUAAAAAAUUCCUUGGCACGUAACUUUUUCCGCGCCGUAGAUAUGCGGGGCUUUUUUCUCGGGAAGAUACAUUCGACGUUAUUAUUAAUAGCAUAUAAAGAAUCUAAUUUAAAUUAA